UGCAAAAAGUAACCUUUUCCAAUACUUGUCUACAUGUAUUUGACAUAAGCUCCAUCUUGUAUGCAAAUUUCCAUACUCUUAAAUCUUUUAUCCUCUUCUUAGUUACUACGGAUAAAAGAUUUACAGUAGAAGUAUUGUUAUAAUCAAUUUCUGUUAUUUUUUCCAAUAUUAAUGAACUAAAGUUGCAAACUUUAAUAACAGUUUGUUUGUUUAUCAUUUCUCUUCCCUUUACCCUUUCAAGCGCCACUUUUUCUUCCUAAAUCCUCUCUCAAAUCUCUCUCUCCGUUUCCGAUAAAGGAAAAAACAAAAGCUCUAAUCUCAAUCUUUCAGUUCCUGAAAAAGUGUUAAGAGACUGUGUGAAGCAAAGGGAUAGAGAGAGAGAGAGAGAUGGGAGGAGUGACGUCAUCAGUUGCGGCGAAGUUCGCUUUCUUCCCACCGAGUCCAGCCUCUUACAGGCUGAUAACCGACGAAAUGACUGGACUUCUUGUGAUGAACCCGUUUCCUCACCGCGAGAACGUGGAGAUAUCGAAGCUGCCGACACGAAGAGGAACAGAGAUCGUGGCUAUGUACGUGAGACACCCGAUGGCUACCUCUACUCUGCUUUAUUCCCAUGGAAACGCAGCCGAUCUGGGCCAGAUGUAUGAGCUCUUCAUCGAAUUGAGCAUCCAUCUUAAGGUUAAUCUUAUGGGGUAUGAUUACUCUGGGUAUGGACAAUCUACUGGAAAGCCAAGUGAGCACAAUACAUAUGCUGAUAUUGAAGCUGCUUAUAAAUGUCUUGAAGAGACAUAUGGAGCAAAACAGGAAGACGUAAUCCUCUAUGGCCAAUCCGUAGGAAGUGGACCUACAUUAGACCUCGCUGCAAGAUUACCUCAGCUAAGAGCUGUUGUUCUCCAUAGCCCGAUUCUUUCAGGUCUAAGAGUUAUGUAUCCAGUGAAGAAGACUUACUGGUUCGACAUCUACAAGAAUAUCGACAAGAUCCCACUUGUGAAUUGCCCUGUUCUUGUCAUUCACGGAACUAGUGAUGAAGUUGUUGACUGUUCCCAUGGAAAACAAUUAUGGGAACUCUCUAAAGAGAAGUACGAACCGCUUUGGCUUGAAGGCGGCAACCAUUGUGAUCUAGAACAGUACCCUGAAUACAUCAAACACCUCAAGAAGUUCAUCGCAACCGUAGAGAGGUCUCUCUCCUCUAGGAAGAGCACGUGCCAAUCAGAAAACCAGAGCAGCGAUGUUGAAAUGCCGAGGCAGAGCGUUGACAGAAGAGAGAAGCCAAGACAAAGCGUUGAUAGAAGGGAGAAAGAGAAACCUCCAAAGGGUCAGUCCAAGAAGAGUAAGCUGAGAAUCACUUUCGAGCAGCAUUUGGAUCGGUCCAGGAGAAGCGUUGACCUUCACGAGAAGGCAAGGAAGAGCGUUGACCACUAUAGUCAUCAUCAUCAGAAUAAUCAUGAGAUUGAGAGAGGAAGGAAGAGUGUUGAUAGAUUGGAUAGAGUACGGUCCGAAUAAACACGGAGAAAUCUACAAUACGUACAUACACAGAACAAGAACAUUUGAUCUUGAUUGCAGUUCUAAUGUUGAUGUUUUUUUUUUUUUCUUGUUUUGUUUGUGAGUUAUUCUGUAGUUUUAUUUAUUUGCGGUGUGAUAUUUUUCUGAACUUAUGAAGCUUAUGUAUUAAGCAAACAAUUGAGUGAGAUUAGAGCUUUGCAUUAGCAGGAAUUUACUUAACCCUA